UGCCUGCAGCCCGCCGAGAGCGCAGAGGUGGUCCGGAGCUCGACGACCUCGCGGCGCGGCGGCUGAGGCGGCGGCCGGGUGUAGGCGCGUCUGCCGGAGCGGGGCGCCGAGACAAUUUUACAUGUAUUGGAGACCAGACUAGAAGCACUUCUGAAUUAAGGAUAACAAAUCACACUGCUGUGAAGUCAACUUCGACUCCUAGCGACCCUAUAGGACAGAGUAGAACUGCCCCAUAGGGUUUCCAAGGCUAUAAAUCUACGGAAGCAGACGGCUACAUCUUUCUCCCGUGGAACGGCUGAUCCCUGAUUCUUUGCAGUGACAUUGAAGAGCACUAAGAUCAGAAGAUGAGUGAACUUGACCAGCUACGGCAGGAGGCCGAACAACUUAAAAACCAAAUUAGAGAUGCAAGAAAAGCGUGUGCAGAUGCAACUCUCUCUCAGAUCACAAACAACAUUGACCCCGUGGGAAGAAUCCAGAUGCGUACCAGGAGAACGCUGAGGGGGCACCUGGCUAAGAUUUACGCUAUGCACUGGGGCACAGACUCCAGGCUGCUAGUUAGUGCCUCACAGGAUGGCAAACUUAUCAUCUGGGAUAGCUACACCACCAACAAGGUCCAUGCCAUUCCUCUGCGUUCCUCUUGGGUCAUGACCUGUGCGUACGCCCCUUCUGGGAACUACGUGGCCUGCGGUGGCCUCGAUAACAUCUGCUCCAUUUACAAUCUCAAAACUCGUGAAGGGAAUGUACGUGUGAGCCGUGAGCUGGCCGGACACACAGGUUACCUGUCUUGCUGCCGCUUCCUGGACGACAAUCAGAUCGUCACCAGCUCUGGAGACACCACCUGUGCGCUGUGGGACAUAGAGACUGGCCAGCAGACGACCACGUUCACGGGACAUACCGGGGACGUCAUGAGUCUGUCCCUCGCUCCAGACACCAGAUUGUUUGUCUCUGGUGCUUGUGACGCUUCGGCCAAGCUCUGGGAUGUGCGAGAAGGGAUGUGUCGGCAAACUUUCACUGGCCAUGAGUCUGACAUCAAUGCCAUCUGUUUCUUUCCAAAUGGCAAUGCGUUUGCCACCGGCUCAGAUGAUGCUACCUGCAGGCUGUUCGACCUCCGUGCAGACCAGGAACUCAUGACGUACUCCCACGACAACAUUAUCUGCGGGAUCACCUCUGUCUCCUUCUCCAAGAGCGGGCGCCUCCUCCUUGCUGGCUACGACGACUUCAACUGCAAUGUCUGGGACGCACUCAAGGCCGACAGGGCUGGUGUCCUGGCUGGGCAUGACAACCGUGUCAGCUGCCUGGGGGUGACCGAUGAUGGCAUGGCUGUGGCGACGGGGUCCUGGGACAGCUUCCUCAAGAUCUGGAACUAACGCCAGCAGGUGGAGUCCGCGGUGACCGGAAGACCAUUCCAAACCCUGACGAGUUACAGUGAUAGCAUAUCCGCCCAACCGUACUAACUCGGACCCCAACACCCCCCUCAGAAUUUCAAAAGGGCAAGAUCUUCUUUUCCUUCACUUAUUGCUGAAACAAAGAGCACAAUUCCCAUUAAGAGAAGACUCUGGCUGUAAACUAAAACAAAUUGUGCAUUCCUCUUGGGACCAUUGUCUUUGUUUUCUUUUUUGUCUUGAAUGAAUUUUAAAAGGAAAUACUAUAAUAAAAUGUUAACCAGAAGGUAAACUUGAGUGUAAUUGUGAAACAGACAACAACUUUUCACUAGUUUGUUUGAACUUUAGACCAGUGAUCCUGUUUUGUGACGUUCAUGCAAAACAAGUUGAGGACUUUGUUUUAUCUUGUAAUAGUUUCUAAAUUUUCAGUCGUGUUUGUAGCAGGAUUUUGAAAACAUUCACAUUUCCUUUUUUAAAUAUAUUGCUUUAUGUUCAGUAGUCAACCAGAACAAGGGAUCCUCACGCAGCUUCCCUGAAAUGGUCCACAGUGUAAAUUCAGUCCCUGGGUUUAUUUUCUGUUCAGUGUCAUGGUGCCUGGCACACGCAGACACAGCGUGGGGAGGUGGCGUUAGUGUGAGGCCAAGCACACGCUGUGGGCGCUGUGAGUGUGUGACUCAGCACCGCCCCCUCCUAGUCAGCUUAGACCAGGCACCCUCUCCCGCCUGUCCUCUCCCCUCUUCAGCCCAGUUUCAAACCCCCCUUGGGUUUUCUGUGGUGUUGGAGGGACAUUUCUGUGACCUGACACUACCCCUCCCCACCCUCACGAUCAGGAGAGGCCCGCCCUGCACUUGGGUCGUCAGUCGAUUGUUUGUGUAUGAAGCAAUGUACAAAUCAAUGUUUUGAAAAUAAUUAUCUCAAACUUUCUAAGUUAAAUUUUAAAAAAUUUGAUCGUUUGCCGUAUUGGGUGGGUUUACUCUUAGAAUCGCAUGCUGUAGAAAUGCUCAAAGUGCAUACAGGACUCCGUCCUUAGAUGUUUUUUCUUUAAGAAGUAACCCUUCACCAUUGUCGCUGCGGCGGCUUGUCCACCCUGUCACUGCUCUGUGCACACGUAGGCAGUACACCAAGCGGCUCUGCACGCUCCAGCAGUGGGCGCAUCACCUUUUCCUUUUUCUUUUAAGAGAGAUGUCCUGUUCCAAACGAUUGCUGCUGGAUUCUGAGGGUGGGGUGGGAGCGGGGAGGGAGCAGGGGACAAAGAUCUAGCCUUCCCCUUCAUGAGCCCUGAGCCCUCACGCCUGCCCCCUGUGGGAAGAAACUUUGCAUCCGAGGCAGGCCACUUUUAUAACACCUAGGUUUCCAGGGUUUUCUUGUCCCCUCAAGUGUCCAGCAGCAGCGUUUAGACCACAGGGUGUUCUGUUGGCUCUCCUGCCUUCCUUCUGUCCCCAGGAACGCUCCUCUGUAGCAGCUAUAGUGGCUUCUCCAUUCUGUUCUUUGCAAUGCCCUGUACCCACUGUGCCGUGACUGUGCGGUAGGCCUGGGUUGGCAAAAGAAUAAAACGAAACCCUCUUUCUCUUUCCAUAAACCACUCUGUAGAGCUCUCUGCACCUGUACCCCUUUUCACCUUUUGUAUUUAAUUUUACUUCAGUCAGUGUACUGCAAGGAAGCUGGAUGCAAGAUAGAUACUAUAUUAAACUGUACUGUUAUUUAAGAUGUAAUAAAGCAGUUUGACAUGAGGGA